AUGUCUCCUGCUUUGAAACGUGGAGUUCAUACUCCUCCAGGAAAGUAUGAUCAAAAGAAAGGUAAAACUGGUCUUGUUCUCUAUGAAGGAAAGGGCCUACCAAGACUCCCUGGUAAGAGACCCAACCCGCGAGCUCUUGCAGUCCGCUAUCGUCCAAUCUGUGGUGCCAUGAUCAAUUUGCAAAAGCUACAUCAAGGAAAGCUAUCGUUGUGUGCGGAAGAGACUGCUAAGGUAGUAGCUGCUCAUAAUCGGAUCCGUGAACUCGAAAUCGAUACUAAUAACUUGGUCCAACUGAUUCAAAAUAUGCAAGCAAGUCAUAACGAGCUCAAUCAAAAUCUCUACCGAGCAGAGGCAGCGUAUAACCAGCUACUGGAAGAUAAUUUGCUAACGAAGUCGGAGAAUGCAAAUUUAGCAAAGCUUCAAGAGCAAUCAACCAAUAAACUUAAUGCGUUAUCAGCACAGAUUGAGACACUUAAGCAAAAAGAUCACAUUUCCGAUACCGAGAAGCGUGAGUUAACUGUAAAAUUAAUCGCUGCAAACGAAAAAAUUGAUGAGCUUGUCAAACAAGUAGUGGAUUAUAAGGAUAUCAUAUCAACGACUAGAUCUGCAGCAAAGAGGGAUAGCAGUGGUUCCAGCUGCUAA